AUGAAAUCUUAUCUUCGAUCCACGAUGACAAGUGAAAAGACCUCAGCGGUACCAAGGAUCGUUCAGACAAAGGAAGCGAUAAAGCAGUUACUAAAAGAGAUUGCAGAGUCCGCCGGCCCAUCGGAUCAAGCUGUACUGACCACAUUCGAUGAGAAACUUAUACAACCAUCUCUGAUUCCAUCAUGCAAAGCUUUUGAGAUCGCUGAUGAAUCAAACUUGGCUCGCAUUGAUCGAAUCGAACUGAGUGCACGUUCGACCAACACCCAUUUAUACUCUGCCUUGAAAGAAGUCUACCACUUCCUCGAGCAGCAACCAUUUCUCUAUAUCGAUAUUUAUGUGUUUUCCGAUGGCUUGGAUACAAGUUCUAGAAAGAAUGAUCAAGCGUACCAGGCGAUUAUUCAUAAUCUAAACGAAAAACUGGGUGUAAAAUGUCAUUUUAUUAAUUAUGGUUCCUCAGAUGGCUUCUCUUUGGCAGACUGGCUAGGAGAACCAGAGGCAGACUGCCCGAUUUCAGGCAGUAUCGAUGAAAUUCGAGCGCAAAUGACAUCCAGUUAUCAAAAGCACCAUACAAGGAACCCGAUUAUGAUUAAAAUGUCUUCUCGUUCACCAGAAGAUAAACUGAGCAAUAUUCCUCGAAAUCUUUCAGCGGCAGGUGAAUAUUCAUCGACGCGCUCCGACUUGCCCCGCUUCGGAAGAAAUGUACAGAACGAGGACUGUAUUCCACGUUUGCACCCCGUACAGAUCGACGAUUAUCUUUGCAAUCUUCCCUCGGCGAAUCCUUCCCGUUCAUCCAGUUUUAUCGGCAAUGGAUUAAGACCACCUGAGAUUUCUGUGAUUGCCACACUUCCUCCAGGAGUCCGGAAACCGAAAAGAAAUUAA